AUGGAGGCCCUAUCAGUACCAGAGUUGAAUCGCCAAGUGGUUACCCGAUACUUCCAGGAGUUCUGGACCAAUGGGAACGCCGACAUUGUUGAUGAACUGUGCGACGACAAUGUAACUAUCUUCUAUCCCAUGCAUGGCCGAAUGGUUGGCAAAACUGCCGCCAAGGAAGUCAUAGCUAGGUUCAAGCAGGCGUUUCCGGACGUUUCAUUUCGAUUACUGUCCCCGUUUCCUCUCAUUGCCGAAAGCGACUAUGUCGUUGCGCGGUGGUUCGGCGGGGGGAAGCAUACUGGACCGGCAUUCUACGAGUUGCCUGUUGGGAGUCUGCCUACGCCUAAUACCGGCAAAGAAAUGCGAUUUUCUGGAACUACAAUCUAUAGGUUGCAGAAUGGGAAAAUCAUAGAAGAGACUGGUGAAGAAUCUGGCCUGGUGGCGCUGCAACAGUUGGGUUUGAUCAAGAUGAAUGAUGGUUUUGCUCCCUGA